UGAGGAUGGCCAUAAAGAAAACCACAGGGGAGAACAAGGCAUCUCCUAUGAUUCAGCUGUGAAUGAUGCAGGUAAAAGAGGAGCUGAAGACUUGGUGAGCUGCUAUUGUGAGUGCUGCAGGACUACAGUGGCCUUGGGGGAUGAAGAGAGCAGAGGAGGAGGGGGAGGAGGAUAGCAUUCCUCCUGAACAUGACUGCUGAAAGCUCCGCAGCAUUUUCAGCCUCCAGCGGGACUUCAAACACUGCCAGGGUUACAGCCGCUAGGGGGGAACAGCCUCUGGGUUCACUCCCCUCCUGGAAUACAGUGCACUACUCUCCCCACACUCAUCCACAUACAGGCAGCAAGCAGAGGGGGUCACAUCAAGAGCCACAAUGACAGAACCUAUGUCUAAAAAAGAGGGCUUUAAAAAGUGUCGGAGUGCCACUUUCAGCAUUGAUGGCUUCAGCUUCACCAUUGUGGCCAAUGAGGCAGGGGAAAGCAAUCGUGAUCCACGGGUUCGGUUACCACGAUCACGCUCCCAGAAUGUACUGUGUACUGCUCUCACAGCCGGUGUUGGCUUCACUGACAAAAAAGGAAUACUGAUUGAUCCCCGCAGCACAGAGGAGAUCCUGGCUGAUGAGCUGCCAGCUCUGGAUGCACCUGAUGCCAUGGAGAAGACCGCUAUCAGGUUGCGAUGCCUUGUAAAGCAGUUGGAGAGGGGCGAGGCAUCUGUGGUGGACUUGAAGAAAAACCUGGAGUAUGCCGCCUCAGUCCUCGAAAGUCUAUACUUUGAGGAAACCAGGCCAAUAGAGGAUCCAGAGGAAGAGCUGAAUGACAUCAAGUCAGAUUUGGUGCCGUCACAGGUUCGUGACUGGCUGGCUUUAACUUUUACUCGGCAGAGGGACCUGAUGCGCCGCAGUGAAGACAAGCCACGCUUCCGCAGCAUUGUCCACGCAGUGCAGGCUGGCAUCUUUGUGGAGAGGAUGUUCAGACGAAACUCCAACACAGCUGUUCUCAGUUAUCCCCCAGAAGUCAUCACUGUGUUCAAGAAUGUGAACAAGUGGUCCUUUGACGUAUUUACACUUAAUGAGGCUAGUGGAGACCAUGCUCUGAAAUUUGUCUUCUAUGAGCUGCUCAUCAGAUAUGAUUUGGUCAAUCAUUUCAAGAUCCCUGUUUCUGCUUUCAUAUCGUUUGUGGACGCACUGGAGAUGGGCUACAGUAAAUACAAGAAUGCCUACCACAACCUGAUGCAUGCUGCUGAUGUCACACAGACCAUCCAUUAUUUGCUUCUCAACACUGGCAUGGUGCAAUGGCUAACUGAGUUGGAGAUUUUUGCCAUAAUCUUUGCAGCUGCCAUCCAUGAUUUUCAACAUACAGGGACCACAAAUAACUUCCAUGUUCAAACCAGGUCAGACAUAGCCAUGUUGUACAAUGACCGUGCUGUCCAGGAGAAUCAUCAUGUCAGCGCUGCCUAUCGCCUUCUACAGGAUGACGAAAUGAACAUCUUCUGUAAUCUUUCCAAAGAUGAUUGGAGGGAACUGCGAACUCUGGUGGUGGAGAUGGUGUUGGCCACUGACAUGUCCUGCCAUUUCCAGCAGAUCAAAACUAUGAAAAGCCUCUUGCAGACACCUGAGGAGAUUGACAAACCGAAGGCCUUAUCUCUUAUGCUGCACACUGCUGACAUCAGCCACCCUGCAAAAUGUUGGGAACUCCAUCACCGCUGGACUGCAUUUCUGCUGGAGGAGUUCUUCACUCAGGGUGAUAAAGAAGCAGAGCUAGGUCUACCUUUUUCCCCUCUCUGUGACCGCAAAUCCACCACGGUGCCCCAGUCCCAGAUCGGAUUUAUUGACUUCAUUGUAGACCCGACAUUUACUGUGAUGACGGAAAUGAUUGAGAAGAUUGUGACACCGCUUAUUGAGGAGGCAUCUCGCUCUGGAUUGACUGGCUUCAGGCGUUCUAGGUGACACCACAUGCUGAUGUCCUGUAUGACACUUCUGACACUUAUGUUGUUAAAAAAAAAAUACUGACACUAACCUGAAUAAAGGCACAAAUCACCUCUGGCACAGCUGAUAACUUAGCUGUGUUUAUGAUGAUGCUGUCUAAUACUCAACCACAUCACUCAUUUUGCUCAGGUAUAUAAUGGAACUGUAUCACUGCUCAAAACAGCUGAGCAAUCUUUGGUGUCAUAUCGCCUUGCCCCGCCACUCUAAACCUUAAAGAUAACAGUGUUUUCCUGCGUGGGGAAGUUGCCAUAAGCUUUGGGUCAGCCACCUCCUUUAUUAUAAGCUCGACACACCCACAGUCCACCCUAAUGAAUCACUCUCCAAUCACAUCACAUUACAGUUAAUAAAGUACUUUAACUAAAGACAGGAGACACCUCAUUUCAUUUAAGAAUUUAUGUCUCAAUUUUCCUUUGAUAUGUAAACACGCGUUGCUAUUGUGAUCAGGUGGUGCCUUACACAGUCUCCUGUUAAAAAAAGGUUCUGCAGCUCAGAAGCAAGUUAAAAGGACAAAAAAUGCUUUAUUUUUUAUCUGAUUAUUCAAUUUAAAUGAAAUAAAAAGUUGACAAACCAAAACUAUUCUGUCUGCUACUGAC